AUGGCUGAGGCUGGUGCUCAUUUGACCUCCAGCACUGGAGGUGAGCAGCCAUCCAUCUUUGAGCUUCUGGCUCAGGAGUCUCUGAUGGAGGCAGUUAAACCGGCACUGAGACACGCCGUCAAGGUUCUUGCUGAGUCCAACCCGUCCUGCUUUGGUUUUCUUUGGCGACGCUUUGACGAAUUCUACCUUCUCCUGGACGUCCUCCUGCAGAACCAUUUCUUGUCAAACUGUAGCGCCUCCUUUUCGGAAAACUUCUAUGGCCUGAAAAGGCUUGCAAAAGGCAAAGGCCCGGGCCUACAUGGGAAGACCCGCUGGCGCUCUCUUCUUCUCCUGUGCCUCCUGCCGUACUUGCGGGCAAAGCUCGAGGCCACGUUUGCGCGUCAAAGGGAAGAAGAGGACUUCUCAAUUCGGCUGGCACAGAGCAGAGUUCAGAAGCUGUACCGGGCAGCCGUGGCGGUCUACCCAUACGUGAACUCGGCAUGGCGGGCCUGGAUUUUCUGUCAGCAGCUGCUCUUUGUCUUUGGAACCGUUCGCACCCACCAUCCUUUGCUGUGGCUGGCCGGGGUCCGACUGGCUCGACUCACGGAGCGAGAUAUAAGAGACAUGGAGGCGAACAAAAGCAAAACAGGAAUCAUGGCUGGAGACAGCACGGUCCAACGAUUGCGUUGGUUGACGUCCCAAGUAGCGAGGGGCUUGGCAGUCUCCCUGUCGACCUCCCUCUCUUUGGGGGUCUUCUUCCUUCAGUUCCUGGAGUGGUGGUACUCAUCCGACAACCAGGCCGCCGCCAAUAGCCUCACGUCGCUCCCUGCGCCCCCGCCGCCCCUCCACCUGCACACGGAGGAUUCGGCGGGCGACGGGAUGCACUGCCCGCUCUGCCGAAAGCUUCGCGUCAACGCGGCGGCGCUGUCCACGUCUGGUUUUGUCUUCUGUUACCGCUGCAUCUUCGCCUUCGUGAAAGCCAACCGGCGUUGUCCCAUCAGCGGCUACCCGACUGAACUGCAGCAUCUCAUUAAGAUCUACUCACCUGACUCUUAG